CCCGCUGCCUCCAUUGCCCCCUGGCUCAGUCCCCUGGGUACGUCGCUCCUCUGAGAUGGCAGCGGGAAUGGGGGGCUUGGCGGGGUACCUGUGGCUACUGUCCUUCCUGGGUGGCCACCUUGCGGCAGCGGAGGACGUGCUGUCGCAGGUGGCCUUCGUGCAGCGCAGCCUGGACUCGGACAAGGGGCCCAGCGAGUUCAUGUUCGACUUCGACGGCGACGAGAUCUUCCACGUGGACCUGGAGCAGAAGGAGACGGUCUGGCGGCUGCCGCAGUUCCAGGAGUUCACCAGCUUCCAGGCCGAGGGCGCCCAAGGCAACAUCGCCGUCCUGCGCUCCAACCUGGACAUCCUCAUGAAACGCUCCAACUACACCCCGGCCCAGAACGUGGCCCCAAAGGUGACCGUGUACCCGGAGAAGCCAGUGGCCCUGGGGGAGCCCAAUAUGCUGAUCUGCCUGGCGGAUGAGUUCUCGCCCCCGGUGAUUCACCUCAGCUGGUGGAAGAACGGGCAGGAGGUGGCGGACCACGUAGAGGAGACGGACUUCUACCCCAACACAGACAACUCCUUCCGCAAGUUCUCCUACCUGCCCUUCGUCCCGGACGCCGAGGACAUCUACUACUGCCGGGUGGAGCACUGGGGCCUGGCCCAGCCCCUCACCAAGGAGUGGAAUACCAACAUGCCCGAGCCCCUCCCAGAGACAGGGGCGAACGUGGUGUGUGGCCUGGGCCUGGCCGUGGGCAUCAUGGGCAUCAUCGCGGGCACCGUCCUCAUCAUCAAGAGCCGGCAGAGGAACGAGGCCAACUUCCGCCGGAGGCCGAUGUGAGUCCAUCCAGGGUCCUUGGAUCAGAAGGCCCGAAGAUGGGGUAAUCAAGAUCUGCAUCUUUUCCGACCCGCAUCCUUCGCUGCUUCUUUCUUGACAAAGCUCUUUCCUCCUUGAUCCUCAGCGGCCUUCGAUGUGCCCCCUCCCACCAAUAUGGUCAGGGGUCAUUUUGCAGAAAAAGAGCUGGAGGAACUCAUUAGCAUAUGCCACACCCCCUUGCCAUCACCAGAAAUGUGUCAUUAGCAUAACUGAUUUGCAUAUGCCACACCCCCUAACAUCACCUAUCUUGGCUUUUUUGGACCCAAUCCUGGCCAUUCAGGGCCAAAAUUGGGCCCAAAAUGGAAAAAGGGGCUGAAAAUGGCUGAAAAGGGGCUCAAAAUGGUCAGGAUUGGGCUGCUACUAAACCGGAGAGUGAUCCACCACCCGUCAGAGACCCAAUCCAGGCCAUUUCAGCCCCAAUCCAGGACGAAACGGGCCCAAAAUGGCUGACAGUCAGGUGGGUGGGGCCAUCUGACAUGUGACCUCUUUGGGGAACUGUUGGAACUGCGUUCCUGCGCGUUCCCCCUCGAAAUGAGCCCUGAAUAUGGUGACCACACUGAAAAGGCCCUGCUGGGACCAAACUAGGUGGCAACUAGAGAAGGGUCAGAGGGUGCCCCCCAAACCACUCCCCCAAGAGCUGACAGCACUUCUUUCCAUUUCUGCCAUGAUCAAGUGGGACCCCGUUCUCUCGUUGUGCAUCAGCUGCCUGCAUAGGCUCUGUUCCGGUGGCUCUUCCCACGAGAGGGUGCCCUCCUUCCCCUGCAGUCUGCUUGGGGGCCUCCUCUGGGCCAACGGGGAGGGGCCAGGGGGCAUUUGCUGUGAGACGCUGCCUGUCUUGCCCUGCUUGCUUUGUGUAGGGGGUGGGUCCCUUGCGCUCUUUCUGAUUCCAGAGAAUCUCUGGGAAGGACCUGCUUGGAUAUGCUGACCAUUGAUUUGCAGAGACCCUUCUGCACUUCUGGGCACUACACUCUUAGGUAGUAUUCAGUCUCCCUCUUUGCAGUCGGUGGGUGAGGAAGGAGAACUGGCUGGGCCUCCUUUGGACUGGCUCCUCUCCUGGGACUAACGCAGCCUGACAGGCAGAAGUAAUACUGGUGAAUCUUUCCUUGGCAUGAAGGUAUUGUCGCUGUCAGUGAGGGAGUGGCCAUGAUCCGUGCAGGUGCGGACAGGCAGAGAAGCCAGAAGAAUAUUCAGUGCCCACCGUGAGCUUGAGAACCCCUAUCCCAUAAUACUGAGCUGAGCAUGAGAAGGAACCCUUCAGUAGUCUGUAGCACGAAGCCAAAGUGGCUUCCUCUAGAGCAAAUCACCCCUGCACUCAAGCCAGCUCUUCCAUGAUCACUGGUUCAGGGGUGGGGCGGGGCAUGAUUUUGCCAUGCAGGGCCUCUGCGUAGUAAGCCCCUUCUCAAUGUUUCCAUGCUGUCGCAUUUCUGAACCAGAAAUAAAUGGGGGUGAUUUUUCUGAA